GUUUCCAAGCGACCGCCGAGCUGCCCAGUUGACUCGGAGCGGCGUGCGUGCGUGAUUUUGCUUGUGAAAAUUUUGCGAUUAAUCGGUGACCGACACCUGUGGGCAGUGAAUUGGGCUCUUUUUUAUACACGUGUUCAAUACGAGAGUCCUUGAAGUGUUUUGGUCGUCAUUUCCUAAGCCUAUGUUCAAGAGUUGGAAUGCAGUGCAGUUGCAGUUUUAAGCAUUUCGAAAGGAAGUUGUGUGAUCAAGUGUUGCUCAGAUGAAAAGCUCAUAUAACAAACCACCACACUACCAUAAAACCACCACAGAAAAGUGCACAGAGUGAACGGAGUGAAGGAGAAAAAAAAGAAUUAAUAAUUGCCACGUUAAAUAAUUUUCCGCGAGCCCAUAGUUGAAGCGUGGCAGAAGUAGAAGAAGAAGCAGUUGAGCGCCCCGCGAGUGUUUUAAACGUGUAGAGAAAAAGUGUUGAUUUAUUUCGGUGUAACCGCCGAUUUUUGGGCCAUAGUGAAAAUGUGCCCCCCAAGCGUGUCCAGUGGAAUCGACCAGCAGCAGCUGAUAUUGGCCAACUGUUGUGGUGGCGGUGGAAUAGUUACCAACCAUUAAAUAAAAAAUAAACUUCAAACGUUGAUCAAAUUGCAAUUUUCGGUGGUUGUGGACCCUUGAGUUUGGGGAGUUUUCCAAAAGAGGAAAAAACGAAAGAAGAAAAACCGCAACGCAGAGCUUGGUGCGAUCCACCCCUUCGGAGAUCGGAUCUUGGCUGCUAGAGCGGGCUUUACACAACUGGUCGUAACGAAUCAACGGUGCCUGCUGAUUCAUAAAACAACAGCAUCUGAGGAAGAAAGUAGCGAGUAGCUAGUGGAGCUAAUCGUCAUCGGCGUCGACAAAUUAAAAGAAAAAAACUAGAUUGUCCAAAAUACGCAACCAUGGAUAGCGUUAUGAGCGAUUUGCUCCUAAAUCCGGAGGAGUGGCCCGCCAACCCGGACGACUUCAUGGACCUGUUCCAGCUGGACACGAACCUGCUGUUCAGCGAGUCCAGCAACGGUGGCUCGCCGGACGCCGGCAUGAACGACAUCUCGUCCAGCUUGAUCAGCAACCUGCAGAACGGAUUCAGCAGCAGCAGCUCGUACGCAACGGGCGAGCUCGGCAUGAUGGCCAACCUGGGUCUGCCCGAGCAGGCCAUGUCGCCGCUUUCGUCGCUCAGCUCGGACCAGGAGUUCCACGGCUUUCCGGGCAGCUCGGCCGGCUCGCUGGAGGACGACGGCGAGGACGAGUUUAUGGGCGAUGCGUCGCCGGAGAUGGCCGCAGCCGUUGUGCCGGCGGUCGCGGUAGAACAGCCGGCGGUGACGACCAUCAAGAUGGACCUGCUGGAAGACGACGGGAUGGCCGAGUUUAACGAGUUUGAGAGGUGUGUUGCCGAGCAGCAACAGCAGCAGCAGCUGCUGCAAGGCGCGCUAUCGUCGGCCGCGUCCGACAGUGGGCUGUCGAGCGAUAACUUGGACUUUGGCACGGACUACGAAGCCCUCAGCCCGGCUGUGUCGUCGCCGGGGCCAUCGAUCAGCGAACGUGGCGGUCAAAACUCCCCGCCGCGAUACAUAAAGCAAGAACCGAUCCAGAACCAGCAGAUCAUCGUCCAGCAGCCGCAAACGGUGACCGCCGUCAUGUCCAAGGCGGGCAGCAAGGUCUACCAGACGGUCAAGACGGUCAUCAGCAACGGUGCCCAGCAGCUCAAGAAGGCAGCUCCGACGACAGCCAAGGUGAUUGUCGAGAAGGCCCAGCCGGACUUUGAGCCGACGGUGGCCACCAACAUCACCGCCGGUGGAGGGUUGGUUUUGAGCAAGGAUCAGCUGCAGACGACCCAGCUAGUCAACGGCAAGGAGGUCAAAAUAUACCGCGUUGCAACGGCCAAGGCCGGCCAAACGGUCGCGAACAAUAUGAAUAAAAAAGUUACCCUUCAGCUGAAGAACGGUUCGAUGACGACGGGCAAGUCCGGUGGGACCGUCUUCCUGAACAACAAGAACGUCGUGUUGACGUCUGGGGGUGCCGCCAACGGGGUGCGUAAAAUCAUUCGUGUCCAGCAGCAACAGCAGCAGAACGGUCGUUCCAUUUUGGUGCCCGUUUCGAUUCAGGACUUGCGAACCAUCAAGAUUGUCAACCCAGCGAACUUGAAGGCCAAGUCUGCCAACAUCAAGCUGGCCGCCGCGAACCUGCUGCAGCAGUCCAAGCAAGGACUCAUCCAGAAGAACGUCGUCCUCAGCAAGGAGCAGCUCGUGAUGGACGAUGGCGGCAGCGACACCGCGCCCAACUCGGACAACGAGAGUUUCGUCUUCGAGGACAUUAUGCAGCAGAGCAAUUCGGUUAUCGAGCAGGUCCAGAAGCAGCAGCAUCAUCACCACUCUCUGGUUAGCGAUUCCGACGCCGAAGACCUGGACGACGACCUGGAUGGGGACGACGGGAUGAGCCUAAACGGCGGGAAGACCGCUUCCGGCGCCUACCAAAAGUUGGUUCUCACCGCGGAAGAGAAGCGCCUGCUUUCGAAGGAAGGAAUUUCGCUGCCGACGAGCUACCCGCUAACCAAGCACGAAGAGCGCGAGCUGAAGCGAAUUCGGCGAAAGAUCCGCAACAAGAUUUCCGCCCAGGACUCGCGCAAACGCAAGAAGGAGUACGUCGACGGGUUGGAAGAAAGGGUCAAACAGUGCACCGAGGAGAACCAGACGCUGCUGAAGCGCAUCAAGAUCCUGCAAAGCCAGAACCACGAUCUCAUGAGCCAGAUGAAGAAGAUCCAGUCACUGCUGACCAAGGGCACCGGCAAGACGACACAACCGGCCACCUGUCUGAUGGUGCUACUGCUGAGCAUGGCCCUCGUUGCCGUCCCGAACCUGAAACUUGGCGGAACCCAGCAACAGCAGAACAUCCAGGACUCGAUCGAAAUGGCCGAACUGCUGCAGGAUGCCGCCACCGAGAAGACCCAGGUCCAGACGCCCCAGGCCCAAAGUCGGCGCUCGCUUCUGUUCGACACCAAGGAACAGCUCGGUGACGCACUGGUCGACGAAGAGAUCAACUUCGAUGAAAUCAUGGCCUUCAACGUCAACUCGCUGAUCGCCAACGAGCACGAUUACACGUCCGAGGAGGAACCGCCCAAGGCCAAAAAGGCCAAGACGCACUCCCUCGUUGAGUACGACGUGGACGAUGACGUCUGGAACGGCAGCAGCAAGAUGCGCAUCAAGCUGGAAGCCGAAGAAACGCUGUUCAACCAGAAGGCGGCCCAGUUCCAGCGCGAGUUCGAGCAAACCGUUGCCAGCAGCGAACACAGCUCCGGGUUCAACAUAAAAUCCGAAGUGAUCGUCGAUCGCGAUCUGCUGGAGUCGGUGAAAAAUUCUCCCGAACUCUACUCGUCGACGGUUUUCGCCAAGGAUGGCCACACGAUUGAACUGUUGGCGGCCGCCGGAGGCCAACUCUCGUCGGACGUUGAGGAAGCAAACCAGAAGCUGAACGCCUCCCAACAAAUCCAGCAACAAAACAACAAACGAAAGCUGCUGCUUUAAAUUAUUUGCAUGCAUGUUUAUUUUCAAACCUUGGGCUGUUGAUUCUAUGUGUACAUAAAACUUCAUUUCCAUAAGAGUAGUUGUAGGGAAAAACAAAAAUUAAGAAAUCAAGUUUAUUUCUUAAGUUCUGCAUGUGGUGUAUUCAAUUAAAGAAUUGAUGCAUUUUUUUUAAAAUAAAACUGUUGACACGUGUAUCGUCCAAACUUUACAUUUCAAGCGAAAAAAACAGCCACAUUUAGUAUUGAGACGUACUGGUAUGAAAUUGGAAAUUUCCAUCUCUAGUUAAUAUCUUUAGAAUGAACACAAAAUAUAAAAAUUAUAUCUGUUAUACUUUAUUGUUGCUUGUUUCCCACCCCCUUCUUUUUAAGUUUAAAAAAGUAAUCAAUUUUGUGCAAUUUUAUGUUUCUUCCUCCCCCAAACUGUAUACUGUUAAAAGCAAACUCUAAACUGCUUCUUGUGCUAAGGUUAAAACACAUUUUCUUGAUCACCUACGUUACUUUAGUAUCAUCACACACUGUUAAGACAAGAAUAAAAAAACGCACGGGGAAUCAAAUUUAAAGCUAUAUCUAAACUAUAACGUUUAAAUCUAAUAAUGAUGAAGAUGAGAGUAACUAAUGUAAGGUAACUUUUUUUUUUGUUAAUCAAUAAACAAGUGCACACAUUAGGCACCAUCCAUCAACACCCCCUCUCUCUUGCGGUAGCAGAUCGAUUCCUAUUGAACUUGAUGAUUUCUCCCUGGUCCUGGCAUGUUAUUAAGCAAAUUUAUGUCCGAUACAACGCAGAAUACCGAGAAGCAAAAUUUGAUAAAUGAUGAAGUAUGUAAGGCUACACUGUUUGUUGUAACAAGGCAGAUAGAAAGAUGUACACCCCACACACUAUUAUACAAUAGCAUUAAAAUAAUAUAUUCUAUUGCUGUAUAAAACAGUA